UUUGACGGAGAAGAGGAGGAGAGAUCUCAUUUCAGAUCUAUCUAUCGCUCUGUCUCUCACUAUCUACCCGACAGACAACAAUGGUCUCCCUCGUCAAUUGCAUAUAUAUAUAUAUAUAUAUGUAUAUACAAUUUCACCGACCUUGACGUUCAUCAUUGACACUCUCCUCCCCCCUUGCUCUCCUCUGUGCUUACUUACUCCUCGUUAAUUCUCGUUGGGUCUGAGAGAGAGGAAGCAAAGCAAGCAGCGUGUAAGCAAACGGCAUACGACGAUACACUCUGAAGUUGCCCAGUCAAGAAGAACCAGACUUCGGAUCUUGGGCCCCCUCUCAUCUGGUUCAACAUCUCGAACGCCCCAGAAUUUUGGGUGCUAACACUGGACGAGGCAUUCCACUAAAAUGAGAUUCUCUUCGUGAGCUUCCGUUGUCGCCAAGGAUUUAGACUUACAAUUUGGGAGGAGAGGACCGUCAUUUACAUAGAAACGAUGAGAGGAAGAUCUGAUGGGUCUCAGAAGAGGCGCUUGAUAACUUCAGUUUGUGUUGUCGCGAUCUUUCUCGUGUUUCUCUACGCAUACUACGGUUCCCUGUUCGGUUCCCAGGGCCGAGGGGCGCUCGAGUAUGGGAGCAGAUCGCUGAGAAAGCUCGGUUCCUCCUAUUUGGGAGGGGAUGAUGAUGGUGAUGGGAAGCAGGAUGAAUCUUCCUUGAAAUUUGGGGACGACGAGAAUGAUGUGACCCUGAAGAGCUUUCCAGUUUGUGAUGAUCGCCAUUCAGAGUUGAUUCCUUGCCUCGAUAGGCACCUCAUAUACCAGAUGAGGUUGAAACUUGAUCUGUCCCUUAUGGAGCACUAUGAGAGGCACUGUCCUCCUCCUGAAAGACGGUACAAUUGCUUGAUUCCUCCUCCUCCGGGUUACCAGGUCCCAAUCAAGUGGCCAAAGAGCCGAGAUGAGGUCUGGAAGGCAAACAUACCUCACACUCACCUCGCCCAUGAGAAGUCUGAUCAGAACUGGAUGGUUGUGAAAGGUGACAAGAUUAACUUUCCAGGAGGGGGUACCCACUUUCACUAUGGAGCUGAUAAGUACAUUGCUGCAAUGGCCAAUAUGCUCAACUUCUCGAAUAACAACCUAAAUAAUGGCGGUAGGCUACGGACUGUGCUUGAUGUUGGGUGUGGUGUGGCGAGCUUUGGUGGAUACCUUCUCUCAUCAAAUGUCAUAGCCAUGUCCUUAGCACCGAAUGAUGUGCACCAGAACCAGAUCCAGUUUGCACUGGAGAGGGGGAUCCCAGCCUACCUCGGUGUGUUAGGCACCAAGAGACUCCCAUACCCGAGCAGGUCAUAUGAGCUUGCCCACUGCUCUAGGUGCCGUAUUGAUUGGCUUCAAAGGGACGGCAUCCUUCUCCUUGAGCUCGACAGAUUGCUAAGACCUGGAGGCUACUUUGCCUACUCUUCCCCCGAGGCGUAUGCCCAGGACGAGGAGGACCUUAGGAUAUGGAGAGAAAUGAGUGCUCUCGUGGAGAGGAUGUGCUGGAGGAUUGCUUCCAAGAGGAACCAGACAGUGAUCUGGCAGAAGCCGCUCAAUAAUGACUGCUACAUGGCAAGGGAGCCGGGCACCCAACCACCGCUGUGUCGGUCUGACGACGAUCCUGAUGCAGUAUGGGGCGUUAAUAUGGAGGCAUGCAUCACUCCUUACUCCGAACAUGAUCAUAGAGUCAAGGGCAGUGGAUUGGCUCCAUGGCCUGCUCGAUUAACUUCUCCACCUCCCCGGCUUACUGAUUUUGGCUAUUCGACUGACAUGUUCACCAAGGAUACGGAGAUGUGGCAAAGGAGAGUGGAGAACUACUGGAGCCUGCUGAGCUCGAAGAUCUCGUCCGACACCGUGAGGAACGUGAUGGACAUGAAGGCAAACAUGGGUUCAUUCGCUGCUGCUCUGAGAACAAAGGACGUGUGGGUGAUGAAUGUUGUCCCGGAAGAUGGGCCAAACACACUCAAGCUUAUUUAUGACAGAGGCCUCAUUGGAUCAAUUCACAGCUGGUGUGAAGCAUACUCGACCUAUCCUCGGACCUACGACUUGCUCCAUGCAUGGACUGUGUUCUCAGACAUUGAAAAGAAGGGUUGCAGCGGUGAGGACCUCCUGCUCGAGAUGGACCGGAUCCUCAGGCCCACUGGCUUUAUCAUCAUCCGGGACAAGCAAUCAAUUGUGGACUUUAUCAAGAAGUACCUGACUGCCUUGCACUGGGAGGCGGUGGCAACCUCAGACUCCUCUGACGAGGAAGGAGAGGAGGUCGUGUUCAUUGUGCAGAAGAAAAUAUGGCGCACAAGCGAGAGUUUCAGGGACUCCGAAUAGAGAAGGGCUAUGAGGACAUCGGGUCAUUCGGGGACAAACAGGUUUGGCAAGAUCCUGGUCCAGCUUGGAUUGAGUUAAUAAUGAAUAUUGCUGUUAUCGCCAGACUUAUUAUCGGCCUCAGUUCUCAGAUGAUAUGUCCCGGGUGGAUUUGGAUUGAGGAGCCCUCAAAAGUUAAAGAGGAGAAUGAUCCGAUGUUUCUCUUACUCUGUCCGGCUUGUGAAGUUGGACCGAUGAAUGGUUUCUAGCUACCAGGAAUGCCGAGUCCAAGACAAUCAAUGUUCAAUUAUUAGCACUUUUGUUAUGUUUUGUUCGCUGAAUAGAGUAACUAUUAAAAUAGUGUUCGCUGAAAUAGAUUAAAGAGUUAGAAUUGAAUUUCUAUAGAAUUGUUAUUUACCUAAAA